UUUGUUGACGGAGAAAUGGCAGCUACCGUUAGAGUGUUUUCGACUAGCCUGACUUGUCUUCCGAAGUUCACCAGCGCCGAUGUGGUGAAGAGUGUGGAGAUACAUUCGUCCACUAAAGGGAACAAACUGGACAAGGGAUAUAAAUUCUUCCACGAAGAGUUUAUCCACAAUUACCAAGGUAAGUAAUCAAGAAAUUGCUAUAGCUAGCUUUAACCAUAUCACCGGUUACUCUGUUAACGUUAACUGUAAAGUAAGUAACUUAAUGGUAAAUCUUAGGUGUUGUGAAUUUGUAAUAUAAGGUAUAACACAUCGCAGUGAAUAUGUCGUGUGUAUGUUUAAGUGAGAGGGUAUGAGAUAACAUAACAACCAGUAAUUUGGUGAAGCUGUACUAGGUAAAUGUUAUUGACAUUGUGUUGUGACUUAACGUUAACGUUACGAAGUAAAGUUGUGUAUUUCUAUGUGAGAUAACACGUAAUAUUUUCUUGUUGCAUGCGGUUAUAUUGUAUCAAAUAUACUCCAGGGACAGGUUGUAGUGAGAGGUACAUGCUUCAGGUCAAUGAGGAAGAGCGAGGAGCCUCACAAACUGGAGGUUUGACUAUAGACAGAAUGCCGGUAGGCAAAAGUUCAAAAAGUUGCCAGUUCUGGCGUGUUCACUCUUCUUGCUGCGGUUGCGGCACUUUCUUCACUUACUAUUUCUUUACUGAAAGUUAUAGUAUCAUGUUAUUAUGAACAUUGAUGUAACAGCGCAAGUAUGACUUCAGUGUAACCUAUUUAAUUUGUUAUUGUGCGGCUGAUAAAGGAUUCUGCAAUCACAUAGUUGCCAUCCUGUACCAGACCGCUCAUUAUUCACAGCUGGGUCUGCUGGCUGUUCCACCCCCUUGCCUGCACAAGUGGCUUGCAAAGAUGGCACAGACCAAGAACACAGGGAAUCCAUCCUGAACCUGUUAGUGAGCUGGUGGUGCAAAAGCCCAAAACAGUGGGUCAGAACGGUCUGAGGUCCACGUUGUUCAAGGCAUAUACAGGACCACUGCUAGAUCCAUAUAUGAUGGCAUCUGGAAGCAAAUUAAGCCAGGUGCAGCCCCAGCCUCUCAUGGCUGUUGUAUUGGAUGGGGUUACUGAGAUGGAGCUGACGCAUCUAAAUUUGGGUCUGUCCCUCGUGGAUCCCCCAUGUCCUAUCACUGUCCACCCAAGAAGUCCAGCGACCUCAUCCUACACCACAUGGCUCCAGAAUUUCCGUCCCUUCCUCUGAUGCAGCACACUUUUCCCAGGUUGCAUUUCGUGCCGACAUUACAUCAGUUAACGCAUCUCCAGUCUCUUGAAGUGUCACCGCAGCUGUCCAGCGAGAUAGCAAAAGAAACUCAGCAGCAGUCCAAAUGUCCUGCGUGGACACAGCUACGGCGACCAAGGCUGACUGCCAGUCGUUUUUGGGAUGCUUGUUGUAGUAAGGCGUGUCGUGAAGAGCAGGAGUCUGCAGCUAUUCAGAUGAUCAGAGGCUGCACAAAGCAAACAGCUGCAAUGAAAAGUGGUCUGCUGGUGGAGCCUGAAGUGCUGGCAAACUAUGCUGAACUGAUGCAAGUUAAUGUGCUACCAGCAGGAUUCGUCAUUCACCCUGAUGCACCACAUCUUGGGGCCAGUCCAGACGGUCGGGUGUAUGACCCUUCAGAGUCGCCUCCUUUUGGCCUGGUUGAGGUGAAGAGCAGCACAAAAAAUGAUCCAUCUCAGGUUGCUCACCUCAAGGUGCAGGAAGGCCACGCCAGUCUGAAGCGUUCACAUAAAUACUACUGGCAGGUUCAGGGCCAACUGGCAAUCACAGGACUGACAUGGUGUGACUUUGUUACAGAUACCUUAUCAAAUUUAACUGUGGAAAGAAUUUGGCGUGAUGACUCAUUCAUAGCGGAAAUGAAAGAGAAAUUAGAUGUAUAUUAUUAUGGCACAUACAUGAAUGCAUACCUUGAAUUCCAGUAAUCUUGUCUUUACCAAUCAGUUUUGCCUUCUGUCUUACUGUUGAUGAACUGUAAUGUUUUUUUUUUUAUUGUAAAUGUUUGUGUUAUUUAUUGAAUAAGUUGUUAUUAAUCAGUUGAUGUUACACAUAUAUACCAAAAAAUUAAAGGAUGCAUCAUUUUGACCAAAAUUGUUUUAAUCGUUCAUC